AUGUAUUCAUUGAGCAUCCAGCCAGGAUUUGAGGAAGUAAUAAAUGACGUGGAGGUUGGUGAUUUGAAGGAGGAUCAAUUUUGGAUCAACAUAUUUGACAAUGAGAAACCCGCAGAUGACCAGAUAGUCAAUGAAGAAAUAAUCAAAAUCCUCAAAGAAGAGGAAGAAUUAAAAUUUCUUAACGAUGAGAUGCAGUUUACCAAAUCAGGAGAGAAUAUUUACAAGGCCUACUAUAAAGGUGAAGAGCAUACCAUUAAAGCUCCAAUAAGAGUAGUCAAAACAGGUGUCAAGGGUAUGUACUAA